AGAGAGGAGAAAUGUAUGAGUGCAACUUCCAGAGUCAUCAAUUUUCCUAAAGAGACACAGAGUUGAGCCUGGAUAAUCAGAUUAUUUAAAAAAUAAAUAAAAUAUUACAAAACGCACACAGCAAGAGGAUUCUGAGUUUGGGAUAAAAAAAAAUACAUAAAGAAUUAAAGAAGCUGGACUAUUAUCAGCUGUGGGACUUGUUUUAUUUUUGUACACAGUUACAAGAGAGGAGAAAGAGAAGAGAUCUGACAGAUCCGAGAGUUAGACGACUCGAUGAUCUUAGCAGCCGACUGUCCAGGAAAUCUUCAAUUGGUCUCAUCUGCUUUUCCACUGAACUAGAGAAGCAGACACACUGCCCGGUCCUGAUGGCAGGCUCUCGGGGCUCAGCCAGCACUGGACACUGGCUUUAGGAGCCCACGAGACGUUCACUUCAACCAGGAACAUUUCACAGCUUGUGUGCCCAUGAGGUCGUCGACGCCGGUCCUGCUCUUCCUGAUCAGCGUCCAGGCUGCACUCAACACAGUGGGAAAUGCCCACUCACAGGAACCAGCCAAUCAGAGCGCAGGAACCCAGGACUCGACCCACGAUGACCUCAUCCCCACAGUCGACCCUAAACUGUUCAACAAGCGGCGUUACCGAUCGCCUCGUGUGCUCUUCAGCGACGUAGCGCCCCCUGAUGGCCAUUCAGAGCCUCGGAGUCCGCGAACACGGCGGAGAGCACGUGUCUUCGAAAACCGUGGUGAAUAUUCGGCCUGUGACAGCGAAAACCACUGGGUGGGAAAUAUGACCCGUGCUACAGACAUGGGGGGAGAAGAAGUGAUGGUGUUGCCUAAUGUUCGCAUCAACAACGUGGUCAAGAAGCAGUUUUUUUAUGAAACCACGUGUCGCGUCACAAACCGCGGCUCCACCCAGCGCGGGAUGAAGCCAGGAACAACUGGGUGCCGUGGGAUUGAUAACAAGCACUGGAACUCCUAUUGCACCAACACACAUACGUUUGUUCGUGCACUAACAUCUUACAAGAAUCAGGUCACCUGGAGGUUCAUCCGAAUUAGCGCCGCGUGCGUGUGUGUGGUCAGUCAAAAGUCGUGGAAGCACUGAUUCACAAGUCAUUUCACCUGUUUUCUGAGUGAAUCAAUGAAUUGAAUUGUGGAAGUACUGUUUGAUGAUCUGACUUACUUGUUUUCUCAAUGAGUAAAUCAAGUGAAUUGGUUCAUGAUUCAGUUAGUGCAUUAAAUGAAUCAAAUGGCUCACUGGUGUGCUCAAGUCUACAAGUAAUUAGAAUCAUUGAAAUUAUUCAAUUCACUUCUUUUGACAAGUCUGUUAAAUGGCUCAAACUGUGGAAGUACUAAUUAAUGGUUCUGUUCACUUGUUUUCUGAAGUGAAUCAACAAAUCAGAUCAUUGAAGCAUUGAUUCAUGACCUGAUUCACUAAAUGAAUCAAGUGAAACAAAGUAAUUGAGCAAAUCAAAUCAUGUCUGUGCUUCCAGAGAAAGCGAUUUCAACAAAUGUUUCUCUAGAUGCGCUGGGCUUGUUUUGAUUGUUUGUCAAACCUUCAACCACCCAUCCAUCUCUCCUGAAAAACAAAUGUCAUACUGCCAAUUCAGCAUCCCAGAAUCCUUCCCCCAUUUUUUUCUCCACCUUCAAUACCCUGACCCUGUCCUACCCUACCUCACACUGUACAUUUUUGGUCUGUUAAGUUAUGAUGACUGCAUGACAUAUUUAUAUAGUUUAUACAGGCAAAAAUAAUAAAUAUGUAUGUGUAUAUACAGUAUACAUCCAGAAAGCAAGCAUAUGUUGUCAUUGUUGUUGUUCAUGCUGUUAUUUAUUAAACACUUCAGUACUUCA